CGGGUUCGUCUCACGUGACUUGGUGGCUGGCCCCGCCUCCAAUGGAAGCUGAUAGCGUCCUCCUCUCCGCUGCUGCGAUUUCACCCUCCGGGAAAGACGACAACAUGACACUAGCGGACCUUCUUCGACCUUACUCCGCCUAAAAAGAGGAAGCAGCACCGGGCCAAGAGACGAGACAGACGGCUUGUCCGAGCCCGCCACCUGGACGCUGUCACACCUGUGACUUUGGGACACAACACAGACAUGAUGUCCUCCAGUGAUGACGUUCGAGGGGAAGGAUCUUUGUUUUCUGAUCAGAACCCGUCCGAACUGGAUGCUCUGUGUCCCUCCCCUCCAGGACCAUCCAGACCACAGCGAGACUACGAGAGGAUUGGAACACGGACCGGAACCUCUUUUGGCCAGACUCUGAUCCACCUGCUGAAGGGGAACAUCGGCACAGGCCUGCUGGGGCUGCCCUUGGCUGUCAAGAAUGCAGGACUUGUGCUGGGACCUGUCAGCCUGCUGUGCAUGGGUGUCAUCGCCGUGCACUGCAUGAGGGUGCUGGUAGACUGCUCACACCAUCUCAGUGCCAAGAUGAACAGACAAUCUCUGAGCUACGGGGAGGCGGUCCAGUACGGCAUGGAGAAUGUGUCCUGGCUCAGGAGGCACUCGCACUGGGGAAAACGGACCGUCAACUUGUUCCUCAUCAUCACCCAGCUGGGCUUCUGCUGCGUCUACUUUGUCUUCCUUAGUGACAACGUCAAGCAGGUGGUGGAAGCAGCCAACGCCACCACCUUCAGCUGCCAGAUCAACAACACCAACCAGACCCAGGUGCUGGUCCCCAGCUUCGACUCCCGCCUCUACAUGCUGUGUUUCCUGCCCGCCUUCAUCCUGCUGGUCUUCACCCCCAACCUGAAGUACCUGGCGCCCCUCUCUCUCAUCGCCAACCUGGUCAUGGCGGCCAGUCUGGUCCUCAUCUACUUCUACUCCAUCAUGCACAUCAAAGACCCCAUCAACCUGCCAAGUGUGGGCCGGGCCAAAGACUACCCGCUCUUCUUCGGGACGGCCAUCUUCGCCUUUGAAGGGAUUGGAGUGGUUCUUCCCUUGGAGAACAACAUGCACAAGCCCCAGAGUUUCCCCCUGGUUCUUUACCUGGGAAUGGGUAUCGUCACCUUCCUCUACAUCAGCCUGGGCACCGUCGGGUAUUUGUGCUUUGGCGCGGACAUCGGCGGCAGUAUCACCCUCAACCUGCCCAACUGCUGGACCUACCAGGGCGUCAAGCUUCUCUACUGCUUUGGCAUCUUCAUCACCUUCGCCCUGCAGUUCUACGUUCCUGCGGAGAUCCUCAUCCCGCCGCUCGUGGCUCGGGUGUCCGAGAGGUGGGGGACGGCCGUGGACCUGCUGCUCCGCACAGUCCUGGUCCUCUUCACAUGCGCUCUGGCCAUCCUGGUCCCGGAGCUGGACCUGGUGAUCUCGCUGGUGGGCUCGGUCAGCAGCAGCUUCCUGGCGCUCAUCUUCCCGCCCAUCCUGCAGAUCCUGACCCUGCACGGCGAGGGCCUGUCGCCGCCCUCCAUCGCCAAGAACCUGUUCAUCAGCCUGCUGGGCCUGGUGGGCUUCCUGGCGGGGACCUACGUGGCCGUGGAGCAGAUCGUCGCCCGCAACGCCCUCAAGCGGGAGGAGACGCUGGCCGCCUUCGCGCUCCAAUGAUGGCGCGUCGUGCCCGGCAGGACCGAUUACCUUUUUCCGGACCCGUGUUUUUAGUCAUGGGCGUGGCCGUCGUGUCUGUUGUCCUUCAGGUAGGUGCUCGCUCCCCUUUGACUGCGGAGUCAAACUACCUCAACGGUCUUACUGACGACACGUUAACCUACCGCCCUAACUUCUCCUACCAGUUCCCCCCCGCCCCCGAUGGACGUUUCAGUUGCACUUUGAUGGAAUGCCUUACGAAAACCUUCUUUCUCGCCAGCUCUGUAGAAGUCGACCAGAAAAGUCUUUGGCUGUGUCUCAUUUGGCACGCUUGCACACUUCCACUUAGUCCCACCAGGGCUUUCGUGUGUUCACACAUCUUGGCUACGUAGCGACAGAGCUAACUAGACUGGUUAGCAGUGAAAUAUUGCCAUCGUCAUUCCCAGUACCAACUAUAAGCCGCUACUUUUCUCCUACACUUUGAACCCUGCGGCUUAUAAAACGGUUCGGCUAAGUUAUGGAUUUUCCUUUACUGACCGUUUGAAAAAGACGAGCCAACACUUAAAAGGUGCUGCACCGCUCUUCUGUCCAGACGGAGCUUCGAACCGGAAGUGCAAGUGCCAUUCCCUUCGUCUAGCCGUCCGUAGCGAAUCUACUCGGAGGGAUUCUGCAUUCAUCACUGACGAGGCUAAUUGAUAGCGGCCUGUGAAGUUCCUAAAAGUCCACAAAUUAGGCGCAGCAUUGUAUGAAGCCCAGACCCGGAAUUGCGGUCGAUACGUUUGUACAAAAUAAAAACGGUUAGCAUUUUCGAUUGCAUCGUCGACAAACGAGAUUCAAGAUACCGUAAAUUCCAAGCUAUAAGCCUCCACUUUUUUCCUACGCUUUGAACCCUGCGGCUUAUAAAACAAAUACACUGAAGAGGUGUGUCAUUGUUUGUGGUGUGGCGCCACCUUUUGGAUGGGUUUGCUCACUGCGGGUGCUGCAGAACCCUUCUUUUUUCGAGGCUCGAAAUGGAAAGUAGAAGUGGCGUUCCGUCUUCCGGCCGUCCAUCGCGUUACUACACAUAUGGAUUCUUCAGUCAUCGCCCCAAGCAACAAUUGUACGUUUUACAAUAUAACUAAAACAAUUAUUACUUACUAAAGCGUCCCGUGUUUGAUGUCUGUAGGAGUGUUUUCACGCUUAUUUCUACGUGCUAUUACAAUGUGAUCAAGCUAGCGUCAUUCGCAUUAGCUAACAUGCUCAUGCGUGUCCGUGUUAGUGUUAUUAGCUUACAACGGCAUUCUUUUUGUAUUGAUUCACUUUCACAAAUUCCUCAGUAAACUCACCAAAACGUCACCGUGGAGUUAUUGAGUCUGUUUAGCUGAUUGGAGAGCUAGCUUGCGCAGCUAGUGGGUCCAUGACCACGACUUCUGUUUUGUAUGAUCAGCCGUUUUACUGCCGUGUUGCGUACACAAUGAAGGUAUGUAAAUAAACAUUUCCAUGUAAAUAUCUCAUUUCACAACGUAUAUAUCUGCGACUUAUAUAUGGAAUACAUGUUUUUCCGACAGUGAAUAAUCAGGGGCGGCACGACCCGGGCCUUCAGGAACUAAGUAGACGGUGUCUUUGUUUAAGUGUACUACUUGCGACACAGCCCCCAGCGUCUUGUUACAUGGCCUUUUCACCACAGACAUAAGGAAAAUAAACGGAAUUUGUCACGAGCAGUUCAAGUUUUGAAGGUUUUGUCACAAUUAAAGGGGAAUUUUGCCUAUCACUCACAAUCCUUAUGUAAGACAAGAACACAUGUUUUAGUUUUUUUAUGCAUUCUAAAUUGUAAAUAAAUGUGCGCAAAAGUCAGCUAGCAAUGGAGCUAAUGCGCCUAUAAAAGGCUCUAAAAAUAUCCACCAAGGUUUUAUAUACACGCUGUAAGUAUAUAUAUAUAAUGCAGUAAAAUUCAUAAUAACAUGUAAUAUAUACAUGAUGUAAGUAUAUAUGUAGUAUCUAGUAACAUUCAUAAUAACAUGUAAUAUAUACAUGAUGUAAGUAUAUAUGUAGUAUCUAGUAACAUUCAUAAUAACAUGUAAUAUAUACAUGAUGUAAGUAUAUAUGUAGUAUCUAGUAACAUUCAUAAUAACAUGUAAUAUAUACAUGAUGUAAGUAUAUAUGUCAUGUAGUAACAUUCAUAAUAACAUGUAAUAUAUACAUGAUGUAAGUAUAUAUGUAGUAUCUAGUAACAUUCAUAAUAACAUGUAAUAUAUACAUGAUGUAAGUAUAUAUGUCCUGUAGUAACAUUCAUAAUAACAUGUAAU